AUGGCCUGGAAGAAGAACAUACUAAUGCAAAGCUAUGGGUCACAGCUUUUACUGAUUUUACUUCUGCCUUGUGGAUUAAUGGAUGUCAUCCUAACUGUGAAUAACAACAUUCAAGACUAUGUCCUACAAACCACACCUGGCACUUCAGAGUCUCUGAGAUGUGCAGUUCAGAAUCAUAGCCAAGAGGAAGAGUUACUCUGGUACCGGGAAGAUGGGAAGGUGGACCUGCAAGAUGAAAACAAAAUCAACUCUAGUGACAUCUGCAUCUACCCUGUCAGUGUGGAUGACAAUGAAGUCACCUUUACCUGCGUGUUGCAACGGAACCAAUCCAUGAACAUCUCAGUGACUUUGAACGUCACUUAUGAACCUAUUCUGGAAGGGACAGAUCUCCAAACAGUCGAGGAAGGAAGCAACGUAAAAAUAGACUGUAAUGUGCAGUCCAACCCCCAGGCUCAAAUGACAUGGUACGUAAACAACAGUAUCCUGAAUCUGGAGAAAGACCGCCACCAAAUAUAUCAGACAAGUGAGCUGUUCCAGCUGUCCAUUUCCGACGUCCUGAAAUCCGACAAUGGGACAUACAGUUGCUAUGCAUAUUCGCCUCUGAAAUUGGAGAUCAAGGAUUUCCACCUGAUCAUCAAAGAUAAAAAAAUCACUGUUCCCAUCGAACCUAUUAUUACUGCAGUUGUGGUGGUCGUACUCACCAUAUUGUUUGGACUGUUCGCAAGAAGAAAAAAGAUAAUGAAGCUCUGCAUUAAAGAUAAGAAAUCUCAAAGUGAUACAUCUCUGUAA